AUGGCUACUCCCACAAUUCUCUCUUUCGAUGGCGAGGGCCGCCCGGUUCAGUUUGACGCUUGGCUCGACGACCUGCACCUGUUCCUACAGAUCAGUGCUAAGGACGAUAUCUCACUGUACGAUCACGCGUCCGAAACCGCUCCCGCACCUGCUGAGACUGCUGACAACACUGCUCGCUCCCAGUGGCAGACUCGUGACGCUCACGCUCGCCUAGCCAUUCGCAGCCACCUACCGCUAGAUGAGCGCGCGCAUUUUGGCCAGCACAAGACUGCUAAGGCACUGUACAAUGCUGUAGUAGCGCGCUACUCCUCGCCUGCCUCUGCUACGAUCGGCCGUCUCUCGCUGCCCUAUCUUUUCCCCGAUCUGGCCGCCUUUCCCACAGUCGCUGACCUCAUUACUCACCUCCGCACUAGUGACACUCGCUACCGAGCCGCCGUUCCUGCUGAGUUCCUAGCCAAGAAUCCUCCCCUGAUGUACCUCGUUCUCUACCACUUAGUCAUCCGUCUCCCUGACUCCUUUCGCAUAGUCAGGGACCACUUUCUCGCCCUCCGCCCCACCGAGCUCACCGUUGACCUGCUCGAGAAGCAUCUGCUUGCAGCCGAGGCUAGCAUAGUCGCUGUAGGUGCCUCUCGUGGCGACCCCCACACACCCUUCUUUGAAGGGUGUUCCCCUCCCCCCCUUCUCCCCUCGGUCGCCUCUGCUGCCGCUGUCGACUACCUUGGUGCUGAGGAAGUCGGCGCUGCGUCUGCUCCUAGUGGGAGGCGCAAGGGCGGCAGGGGCAAAGGGGGCAAGGGUGGUGGCGGUGACAGUGGGGGAGGUGAAGAUGGCGGUGGAGGCGAUGGGGGCGGUGGGGGUGGUGGCGGUGGUGGGGGAGGUGGCGGGGUUGGGGGGGUCAGUGGCAGCAGCGGGAGUGGUGGCGGCAAUGGUGGUGGAGGGGGCCGGGGAGGAGGCGGUGGUGGUGGCGGCAGCGGACGUGGUGGCGGCGGCUGGGGUGGUGGUCGGGGUGGACCAGUGCAGCGUGGGGGUUCGGGUGGUGUCCAGCGCCAGCAGCAGCGUCUAGGAGAGACCCUGACGCCCCAGCAGCUUCGUGAGUGGUACUCUCAGCAUGGGGGGUCUGGGGGUGGAGGUACCAGCCCUGUUGAGAGUGACUCUUACCUGCGUGUCCCGCCCCACCCGGGCAUUGCGUCCAGUGAGGCUGCCGCUCUAGAUGCUAGUGCGUCUGUUGCCCCAUGUCCAAGAGAGGCGUCUGCUCUAGGUGCUGGUGAGUCUGCUGCUUCAGGUGCUUGUGUGCCUGCGCCUUUAGCGCAGCUCCCUAGGCCUGUUGCUGUCUCCCUGGCUGACCCCUCCGAGGGUCCGGUCCUUGCGACCUCCAUCACUGCCCUCCCUUGUCCUGCUGUCCCGUCCGGCACGCUGUCUGGUCUUUACCUCCCCUUGUUCUCUACGAACUUGUCCCCUGCCCCUCCUUGCCUUCCCUGUGUCGAGGGGCGGCAGCGUGCUGCCCCCCACUCUUCUGAGUUCCCCCCGAUGGAGGCUCCUCUGCAGACCCUUCACAUGGACGUGUGGGACCCAGCCCGCGUCCGUGGACAGAGCGGAGAACACUACUUUCUGCUGGUAGUUGACGACUACACGUGUUACACCUCGGUCUUCCCCUUGCGUACCAAGGUCAUGGAGAUCGUUCGUACCUCCUUGAUCCAUGCGGCUGCCCCCCAUUUUCUGUGGCCGUUUGCGGUCCGGUACGCCGGGCAUCAGCUCAACCUCUGGCCCCGUGUCUCCGUUCCGGAGACCUCACCGACACUGCGUUGGACGGGAGAGGUUGGUGAUGCGUCUGUCUUCCGGGUCUGGGGAUCUCGUGCCUUUGUCCACGAUACGUCCGCAGACAAGCUCUCCUCCCGCGCCGUUCCCUGCGUCUUCCUUAAAUUCCCCUAUGACGCGCCUGGUUGGCAGUUUUACCACCCCACCUCGCGCCAUGUUGUAUCCUCUCAGGACGUCACGUUUGACGAGUCGGUCCCCUUUUACCGUCUCUUCCCCUACCGCACUGCCCCACUCCCCCCUCCGCCACUCUUCCUCACGCUAGGUGCUGCUUCGGUAGACCCCCUACCUCCCCAAGGUCCUGCUCCCUCGGGUGUGUCCCAGGUAGACCCAGUCGAGCAUGUCAUGGUAGCUGUCGACUCUGGUCCUGCGUAA